UUUACGAAUCACUUCUUCAUUUUGCUUAAGCAGCCUUCAAAUGCAAACCACAAACUAGAAUAUGGCGUUUGGAGGAGCAGCUGCCCCUGCCAUGGCCUCCAAAUUUGCAACAACAAUCACCACUCCAAUUCGACUGAUCCCAUCUUCUCACCUUCCCAAGCUCGGCCGCCAUAGCACUCAACUCUUCUCCCCGUUUCGAACCACCAAUCAACUCGGAUUGAAAUACCAAAUUCGUGCUAUAAGUGAAGCUGUAGUAGAUCCUGUUUCUUCAAAUAAAGAGAAUGGAGAAGGAUCAUCCCAAAGUUGGAAGAUCAAAAUGCUCUAUGAUGGAGAUUGCCCGCUCUGUAUGCGUGAGGUUAAUAUGCUAAGAGAGAGGAAUAAGCAAUAUGGUACAAUCAAGUUUGUUGACAUUGGUUCAGAUGAUUACACGCCACAAGAAAAUCAGGGUCUUGACUACAAAACCGUUAUGGGAAGAAUUCAUGCAAUCCUUGCAGAUGGUACUGUGGUCAGAGAUGUUGAAGCCUUUAGAAAACUUUACGAACAAGUUGGUCUUGGAUGGGUAUAUGCUGUUACAAAAUACGAACCAUUUGGAAGAUUAGCUGAUGCCGCAUAUGGUCUCUGGGCGAGAUAUCGUCUUCAGUUGACAGGCAGGCCACCUCUAGAAGAUAUUCUGGCAGCACGAAAGAAAAACCAGGAUGAAAUAUGUAAUGACAGCAAUGCAUGCAAGAGGUAAUCCUUCUACACGGGGUGAUGAUUCUCGCUUGGCUAGUUGAAUAUCAGAAAGGGGUUGGAAAAGGACUCAAGCUAUUAAACGUCAUUAAUUUAAAGGCCAGUAGCUUCUCAUGCAUUAUUGUAUUAAUGGAUGUCUAAUAGGCUCAUAGCAGUACCCUUUUUCUUUUUUCUUGGGGUAAGAGAUAAUACAAUAUUUAUAGUGUACUUUGGUAAGAUUCAGAGGCACUUCUUCCCAGCUCCUUGUACUCAAUAAUCUGUUACUUCUUCUAAUGAAAUAUAUUGGUCUGUGCUUAUUCUAACAGAAUGCUAAUGAAAUCUACAAUUUCAUCUU